AGUGAAAUUGCCUGUGGUAUUAUGUUGAUCGAUCGGUAUGGGUACGUGCAGAACUGAAAGAACUUUUAGCUGCUGUUAGGCUAUAAUACAGUGCACGGUGAUAGUGACAUUUAAGGCUAGACUUUUUCAGAGCGGUGAAGGUAGCUUCGACGGUUGCUAUGGAAACAGGACGCCGUUUCCGCUUGCUACGGGUUGCUUGGCAUGAGGGAAUGAAGGGCCCCAAGGUCUUUGCUGCAGGUAAUUGAGUCCCUAAGGAAAAGAAGCGAGAGGCGGAGAAGCUAGUGGAUUCACACACCUGUCUUUUGUUUGUUUGGCUUCACGCUUUGGCCUCCACUCUUCCUUAAAAGAUGGAAAUCCUUCCUCAAAUGAGCAGUACUCUAGCUGUUUCUGCUGCUGACACAGAACUACAGAAACUUUUGAUCGAUGAACAAAUGAGGUGUGAACAUCACAAAACAAAUUACCAGACCCUAAAGGCAGAACAUACUAGGUUGCAGGAUGAGUACAUUAAGUCACAAAAUGAGUGUAAACGACUGUUGAUGGAAAAGCAGAACACACAAGAAAAAGUCCAACUUAUGCUUGCUGAGCUACGAGGGGAACUUUUAGACAAAACAAGGGAAGCGGAAGAGCUAAAACUAAAAGUGCUAUCACCUCAGAAAUUAGAGCUGCUAAAAAUUCAAAUACUCGAAGAACAAGAAGCCCCAAUAAAAGAACGUUAUCGGCAACUGGAGGAAGAAGCAGAAAAAUACAGAGGCGAUUAUAAUAAGCUUAGAUAUGAGCUUACAUUGCUAAGAGCAGAAUUUGACCAUCAAAAGGAAGAACAUGAACGUGUAUUACAGGAACGACGGAUUAAAUAUGAAGCUGAGAUUUUACAACUAGAAAGAGAAAAAAAAGAGCUCCAUGAUCAGAUCAUGUCUGUUGAUCCCACAAGAGAUAGCAAACGUGUGGAGGUUCUCUUAAGGGAAAAAGCUCAAUUAUACCAAAAAUUAAAGAGCUUAGAAGCGGAGACUACUGAACUGCGAGCAGAAAGGGAAAAUUAUGGUUCACAAGCAGAAAAUGUCCAGAGAAUACAGGUGCGACAGAUGGCUGAGAAUCAAGCAACCAUUCGGUCUCUGGAGGCAGAAAAGCAGUCUAUGAAAUUGCAGCUAGAACGUUUGGAAAAAGAACUGCAUGAAUCUACAGAGCAAAAUACUAUUCUGACUGCAAAAUUGCACAAAAUGGAAAGAGAAGUAAAUGCUCUUUCUAGCAGGACAGGUGAACUCAAAUAUUCACAUAAAAUGGAAAUCUCUAAUAUAAAGUUAGAAGCAGCGAAAACAAAGAAUGAAGUGGAACGAGAGAGAGACAAAGUUCAGAGUCAGUUGGAUGUAAUGCAGACUGAAAAUGGGAUCCUGAAAGCAACACUGGAUAGGCAAAAAGAAAUAUUGGCUGAAAAAGAUCGUGAAUUAAUUAGAAAAGUACAGGCUGCCAAAGAAGCAGGAUUUCAGCAGAUUGUCACACUUCAGGAUGAAAGGCUGCAGUUAGAAAACAGAAUAGCUGAAUUGGAGCGGUAUAAAGUGGAGCACGACAGCCAGAAACAGACUGAAAUCAGCCAGAUAGAAGAAAAACUUCAUAUUGCACAGACAGCAGAGGAAUCAACUAGAAGAGAACUUCAAAGUCUAAGGUCAAAACAUCAGCAGCAAGUUUCCUAUAUAGAGCAGCUACAAAAGGAGAAACGUGAUGAAGAAGACCUUAAACAGCAAAUAAAUGAUUUGAAAAUACAAGUAACUUCUCUGUCAGAAUCAGAAAAUAGCUUGCUUCUUGCUAAUGAAAAACUGCGGCAAUUGGUGGAACAGCUAAAACAGGAAAAUCGUAGCACAAGGAAUCAAGUCGAGAAAACCCAACAUAAUGCAGAAAAAGAACUUGAGUCAAACCGUAUAGAAUGGCUACAAGAAAAACACAAAUUACAGGAAACUUUAUCUGAACUGCAGGACAAAUAUAGCCAAGCAAAAGAGAAGCUGCAGAGGGCUGCAGCUGCCCAGAAAAAGAGGAAGACUUUGAAUGAAAAUAAAUGCAUUAAACUUCAGAAGAAAAUUGAAUUGUUGGAGGCAACAAAGGAAGAAUUGGAGGCUCAAAAACAUGUAUUAAACAGACAAAAUGUUCCUCAUGAAGAAUUUGGACGGCUUCAGAAAAGAUUGAAAGACCUGCAGCGAAGACAUAAUGAAUUUCGAAGUCUCAUUUUAGGUCCAAAUAUUUCAGCAUCUGGACUACUUAAUCCAGUCAGCUUCCUUUCUUCCACAGUGGUUCCAGGUGCUGACCUCUCCUUUAUUAAUGCUCAGGAGGAACAGCACCAAAGGGAACUCUCAUUACUUCGUAAGAGAUUAGAGGACCUAGAAACUACUCAGAGGAAGCAGUUGGAAGAACUUGGCCCCCCCAUUGAAGGCAGUCAAUCAAUGUGACAAUUUACUAAACGCAAAUUAUGAAUUUCAAGUGUGUUUGAAUAACAAUGCAACGCACCCAACUGAAAAAAUAUGCAAAAGAGUUUCAUGCCUUAAAUACAUUGCUAUCCAGUUUUGUUUGCUUAUAACAAGUUAUAAAUCACUAACAAUGUACCUCAGAAAAUCAUGGAUUUUUUAUUUUAGUUAUCACUGUUAUUAAUAUUGUGUAUAUUAGUGUUGGUCUCCCGUUAUUUAUUAAUAAAGAUUAAACAUUCAAAAUAACUUAAACAUUUGCAACAACCUA